AUGUGUGAUCAAACUGAAGUAAAUUAUGCUGAUGGAGACGUUGUGUGGGUAAAAUUGGGUUCUUGCUUUUGGCCUGGCGAGGUCGUUGGCAUAGAGAAGCUACCUACCGACUUCAUCACGUCUUUUAAGAAGCCACCAAUAGCUGUUGUAAAAUUCUUUCAAGAAGAUACAUAUGAGUAUGUAAAGAAUCACUAUGCAAUUUACAAAUAUGACUGCAGUCGCAAAAAUGAAUUCAUUCUUAAAGGAUUAGAUAUGUACAGAAAGAAACAUGGACCAAUGGAGAAGUUUCCUGAGGAUGUUAUCCGUGCAGAAACAGCAGUAGGGGGCGAUAUUGAGAUAUUGACAAGAGAUGAAUUUCAAGAGACUAAAAAAGAAAGCUAUGCUGAUCUUUUUGCUGACCCUAGAAGAAAAACACCUGCUUCUACCAAAAAAGGAAAGAAUGCAAAAGGCAGGCCUUCUGAUAUUUCUAAGAUUUCAACACCAAUUAGAAAGCGCAAAGAGAAGACCAACUAUCAAGUACACAUAUUAGUACAGGGUUCUAAAACACCAAACGCUUCGGAAGAAGUAACGCCGUCUACAAGUAGAGCUGGUUCAGAACCACCUGAAGAGAAGCCAAUGGAAACCGACAGUAGCCCUUCAAAAUCAAUUCCUUCAAAUAGCACUCCCACAAUGUCAAGUGCUGAAACCCUUAAAAAAAGCAAGUCACCAAAAUCUACGUCCGCCACUUCGAAAUCUACAAAGCCUCGUAAACCCCGACAAGAUAAAAUAGAUAUAGAAACAGAUAAAAAAGGACAGAAACGAGAAGCAGAAAAUAAUGGGAUUGAUAACAAUUUACCUGAUACAAAAAAAGUAAAAACAGACGAAGAAAUUAAGAGCAGCUUAUUAGCUGAUUGGGAUGAUGGAGAUGAGGACUCAAAUGAAGAAGAAACAAUUGCCACAGCUAGUUCUCCUGAUGUUCCUGUGGCUGCCGGAUCCCCAGCUGUUCCUACAUCGGCUGAAUUGCCUACCGAUCAAGUAUCAAGUGAAUGUGAACAGCAGGAAACGACAGACAACAAAAAGGUUGAACUUCUACCUUCAGAUAAACCAGAAACAUCUAAUGAUGCUAAAUACGACUUUUGUGAAGACGAAGAUUGGCCUGUAGAGGCAGAUGUUGGAAGAAAAAUUCCUCGCGUUAAACCCUUAAAACGAAAAGAAGACAUGAAGAGCCUCAGUAUAGAUGAAAAUGAUGUGGCUAGAGAAGUAGCAGUAUUGCUAACUAAAACCAAUGUGCCCGAGUUACCAUCUGCUCCAGAGCCUUUAAAAGUAGAGGAAAAUUUUCCGGAACCUUCGAUUGUAAAAUCUCCGGAUAAAAAAACUGAAAAUUCUCCUGGAUUGGGCGAGCCACCCGAAAAAAAAGUCGAUGGUGAAGCUAACAGUCAAAAACCUAUUUUUAAAACUAAAACGUUUUUUCGUAGUAGACAUUCAAGAAGUCAAGAUGCAAUAGGGAAAUAUGUUGCAGAACAAUUAAAUGCAGCCGAGCGUCUUGACAUGCUUGAUAAUGAUAUAAAUGGUUCUGAAAUGUCGUCAUCGCCAGAGCCCAUUAUUUCCCCUCCCAUAGAACACAUAAAGGUUGCUCGAUUAGCUCCUAAAAUUCAACUUAAAAAAUUGAAUGCAGAAGCAGCACAGUUGCGUGAAAAAGAAAAGUAUGAGUUAGAAAAGUUACAAGAUGGCGGUGAGGAAAAAGGAUCUUGUAAUGAAGAAAAUUUGAUUCUUGAUACUACAAUAGAAAAAAUAACUACUCAAAAAAUUGUUACUGAAACCAAUAUAUUAGAAAGUUUUAAUGAUAUUCCUUCGAAUGAUGAUAGUAAUAAAGAUUCCAGUGAAAAUAUGUCAACAGCUGAAAACCUGAACACUGAAGUAAAUAACAGCCCAGAAGAAUCAUUUACUGAAAGAGAGCAAUCCAACGAUGUUAUCCAUAGUCAUCAGGAAUGUACUUUAUCAAGCAUAGAUAAGGAGGAUAUGAACGAAGAUGUAGAAACUGCACAGGAAGUUAUUGAAACACAAUAUAAGUCGUAUAUGAGUGAAUCUACUGCAUCUGCCGUUGAUGCCUUACUGAGUGUUUCAAGAGAAGCUGAUAGAGUUACAAAAGUUAUUAGUGUUGAUCCACCAGAAGACCUCUUUGAAGAUGACCUCAAAGAAAGCGCUCUAACUUCUAAUAUUAACACAUUCGAGAUAUCAUCAAAUGGCAUAGAAAAUGAGAUACCAAGGAUUAACUCACCAGUUCAGCAGGCCACAGAUCUUAAUACAAACACAUCAGAUAAGCCUUUUACUUCUGAAAAAGAAAUUAUUCAACAACUUUGUGAAUCUGAUCUAUCAAAAGUAAAUAUCCAAAUGGAUGAUUUACCGAAAACCGAUGAAAAUGUAGAAAAUAACGAACCAAUUUCCGAAGAAAUACAUAAUGGUGAUGAUGAUAAGAAAAAUGAAGUUGACUUAAAACAAGACGACGAGACACUAAAAGUUAUUGCAAAUACACCAUCUGAAUCGGACUUGCAAAUUGCAGAAGCUUUAAUUAAUUUACCUUCUACAACCAUGCAAAAUAAAGUUUCUAUAGCUUAUACAGAUGAAAUAACGUCGGCAGGUAGUUUUGAAAGUAAAUCAACUGAAGAUGUUAUCUCCAAAGAUACUAUUAUUGAAAAUUUUAAUACUGACUUGCAUGAAAAGGUUAUUGAAGAUAAUAAAACAAAUACUUCUGUUCCAUUACUAUCAAAUGACAUCCGAUUUGAGAGCGAAGAAGAAAAAAGUGAAAAUUUGAAUGCCGCUCAAUCCUUGGUACAAAUGUCGGAAUCAAUUGAUCAUAAAAUAAAUAUACCUGAGGUUACAACUCCAUGCAAAGACAAGUCCGGUCCCGUUGACCCUAUUAAUAUUAAAAAACAAAGGUAUAAUGAUAAAACCCCUAUUAAACUAUUAAAUGAAAAUGUUAAGGAAAAUGAUAAACUAAAUGGAAACAAAGGAAAAAUAGAAACAACAUCGAAACUCUUAAAAAUAUUAGAAGAACCCAGCACUUCUAGAGUCACUAUUACAAAUAAUGCGAUUGUCAAUAAAAAAGUAAUUGUUCCUCCAAAGGGUAAAAUUUUAAAUACUCAUGUUAACAAAUCAGUGAUCAAACCUAAACAGGUAGCUAAACAACAAAUUAUAAUUAGACGUACGACACCAAGCAAGUUACUUAAUAAUGUUACGGAAGUCACAACUGCCGAUAAAAUUAUUUUGUCACGUACCAAUAAGGCCACUGCCGAUGGAUCUGCAGUACAGAGCUACACUAUUCAAACAACACCCAAUAUGCAAACGGAGAAAAACACAAUUAUAAUUCAGCCAAAAAUAAGAAAAAUUACGAAAACUGCCCCCAAAUUGCAGAAAAUUAAACCACAAAUAACAUCACUUCCUACAAUAAUUAAUAACAAGUUAUCUAAAGAGUCAGGGAAACAAGCUGAUACAGUUUUCGAUAUAAAUUCUAUGCCAAUUGUUAUAUCUGACGAUGUUUUAACGCCAGAAAGCAUUGAAAAAAUGCCUAUUGUUAUGUCAGAUGGUAAUAUAAUUACUUCAUCGGCUUCUAAAGUAAUAAAGAAUAAAAAAAUAAUCACGAGUGAAAAAAUAACAGUUACAUCAUCUUCGAAUAAACAGGAUAAUAAAGGAAUUUCAACCCAUCAUAUUGUUCAUGAUGUUAAUAAAUUGACUCCAAAUAUAUUAUCUAAAUCAUCUAAAUUAAGGUCUUCCAAAAGUAUGUUAGUGAUAGAUAAAGCUACGGGAAAACAAAAAUUAAUCAUGACCAAGUCUGAUGCUGCUAAUAAAGGUAUGAAACAACCUCAAAAGCUUAUACAAACUUCCCAGAAUAGUCCUAAAACUGAGAAAUUUGUUAUUUUACCUAAAACUAACUCCCCGCGACCCGCAAGAACCCAGAAAAUCGUCAUCGACCCACAGACUGGGAAAGCACACGUUGUAGUCGAAAAGGGACCACAAAGUGUCCCUGUAUCUGAGAGUAAACCUGUUUCGGCAAAGCUAAUACCUUCAUCUGCAGACUCAAAGACUCCUGGAAGUACUGUUAUGAUUAUUACCGAUGAGCAAGGUACGCUAUCGAGAAUAGUUCUUACGCCGGAACAUGAGAAAAUUCUUUUUCCAAACAAACAACAACCAAAUGUUUCGCAGUUAAAAACAAUUACACACCUUAUCUCUACAAAUGCCUCUACACAGCAAAAAAGCAUUAUCACGUCAGUAGCGGCCGCAAAGACUCCAACAAGGAUUGUUUCAAAGCCACAAAAAAGUGCUAUUAUCACCUCAAAAGGGCAACUCAUAGUAGGUGGACGAUUAGCACCUACUACUCAAAAUAUCGCUCCACUACCAGAAAUUAGGCCUGCUACAAAGCGUCUUGCUGAACCUAAAAAGAUCGCUCCUAUGAUUCAAAAACAGUCGCCAGAACCAUUAAUUUUCCUGCAAAAAUCGGGUACGGUAAUGCAAUUGACUGCUUCUCAAUUUGAACAUUUGCAAAGAACAGGUCAAAUUAUACAAAAAGUUCCUGCACAAGAAAAGGUUAUAGUUCAGAAGACAAUUACAAUGUCGCCGACUGAGACAAUAGUUGCGGCUCAGAAACCCAGAGCACGCAAGCAGCAGACCGAUUCGGCUGCUCCGACAAAAAAAAUUAAACAUGAAAUUAACAUUGCGCCAGCACCACCCCCUGUUCUUGUUCCUGCCCCUGCUCCUUCCCUAAUUCCGGUGCCUGUCCCAGCCCUUACACCAAUAUGUUCUACCACAACCAAUCUGCCACUUGCAACCAAUAAUAAUGUUCCAACCAACGCAAAAUCUACCCUCUAUUCUAACAUGGACAAUUUCGAAGAAUUACUUCCGACAACAGCAAUCGCUCGUCCUGCUGAGAGUGUUCUUGUUCCGACAGAACAAAACUCACAAGCUCCUGCGGCGCCCCUUUCCGAUGGGCAACUGCUGGCAGUGCCUGGAGAGCAUUUUGGGGGACCUCAGGGGUCCUUUUAUCUUUGUGUUGAGGAAAAUGGCACUUUUACUGCCAUUGAUAACCGCCCAUUAGUUUUGGAAAAUAAUCAACUAGUUCCGAUGCCGGAAACAAUUCCCGUCAUACCUCCUCAGCCCGAGAGAAGGGAUAUUCUGGAGGCAGCACUAGCUAACAGCGAUGUUUUUCACGCUGAAAGUACUCGCGAAGAGGCACCUGAUUUUCGAGAUCUCAACGCUAACGUCUCCGUUCACUGCCGAGUGUCUGAAACUAGCACUACGCUAAAUCAGCCAAUCAUGACCCCAGUCGAAGUACCGUCGAAAGUGGUCUCUGAACCAGCCGUGCCUUCAAAUUUAGAUGAUGGUUUGGCUGUGAUUGGCGUGACACCUCACACUGUACCUACGUCUCUGGAGCUUCCGAUUACUGUGACAGAUCCGCGCAUAGCACCUAAAACUACAGACCCUUUAAGUAACAGUAACUACAGAACGUCCCUGUUGCCGUCGCCCAGUACAGAGAUGACUUUUGCGGUUACUGAAGACAGUGAUGUAUCGAUGGUGGGCCCUAUUUCUAUGCCUCUUUUAACGGAAGAGGACUCCGUAGGUAAAUCUAUGCCUAUAUUAAUAGACGAGAUAACGGAGAGAACGAUAUCGUCUGUGGAAUCGACAGUAGGCUCGCCGUCGUCUAUCGACGUACGAGAAUCGGAAACGGAAGAUGGUCAGUGGCCCCGAAGGUUGCUAACGCCCGGAUCAGAUAUAUCAGAAACUUCAGUGGAGAUCCCAAUGCAGCCCUCAAUUCAGCUUUCUGUUAGUGAUCUAUCUCAUAAUAAUAGUUAA